AUGAAGCAAAGUAGUCGGACCAGUAUUCCCGUCCGCAAGAAAAAGAAGCAACAACAUUGUGCAAAGGGUGAAUCUGAUUCUACUGCUUAUCGUCUUGGUUUUGUUUUGCAGCUUGACGCUGGACAAGUGUGGGCGUUUUUAUCUAGCGAAGAAGUUGCUAACUUGAUUCAAGCGUGUGGUAGUGUCUUGUCAACAACUUUUACUGUCAAAAUGGCGCUGAGUGCACUUGACGAUUUUGCCGACGAACAGAAGACCCACCUGGGACGUCAAUGCUACUGUGACUGGAUGCGAAGCAUUGAUUUUCAAAGGUAUCGGGAAAGAUGUUUUGACGCCGCACCUUUUACGGUGAACAGGGCUAUGCCAAGUCUUCAAGUCCCAAAUGGUGCCUCAGUGUUGUUGAGUGCAGUAGCACUGGCACAGAGGGUUUUACUACCCUAUUGUGCAAAUAACUCGCACGGCACAGGAAUGUUUGUUCCCGUUUUGUGUUUGCUCCCAACCGAUGGCAAGAGGCUUUCCAACGACGCAGCUGUCAAGAAAGCGAUGAACCGCGUAUGUAAAAAAGCUGGCGACCGAUUCGUUCACAAGUAUACAACAAGAUACGGGUACAACCCGACAGAUUUCAUACACGAGCACUGGAACAGCAUCGAGGGCCAGAAAUGUCUGUAUUGCCUGUAUGAAAUUCCGCGUCGUAGAAAAUGGUGCGAUAAACUGAUCCAACGAAUUCGUGCUAACUGCAGCAAUGUUUAUCGACCGUUGAAAGCUACGAUGGUAAAAGAACUUCAGUUUGUGCGAUAUGUCCCUCAACGAAAGGGAGAACGCACCAGAUGGAGGGGACUGGUGGCAGGAAUUUCGCCUAGCGGUGUUUUCUGCGGGAUGUACAUCGCAAGCGGAUUUUGGCCUUACGAUUCUUGA